AUGUCCUUCCGGAGAGUCAACAGGUCCAAGAAGGUACCUAACGUGAAACUACGACCCGCGGCACCCAGCGCCCGCAGAGACCUCCGCACACCAGACUCCACAUGGCAACAUAGCUCCGGACUCGACUCCGACGAGGAGGCCUCUCGCACCGACCUAUGCCCAAGGCCGUUCAAGGGAUUUGUGCUGUGUGCGACGGGAAUCGAUGACAAGACAUCACUAUUCAAGCUUGCCCUAGAGCUCGGCGCCCAGUCCUUGAACGACUUCACCGACCGCGUAACACAUCUCAUCGCAGAAGAACCAGGUAGCGCGAAAUACAAAUGCGCCCUCGAGAACCGCAUCCCGAUCAUGCACCCUUCGUGGAUCAUCGAAUCCCACAAGAUCUGGCUUCGCGGCGACGACGUUGACGUCACUGCCUCCCUGUCGGCUCAUCGCUUGCCCAUCUUCGCCGGGGUCGUCCUCUGUGUGUCCGGCAUCGACGACGUCUCCCGGCGGAUGGAGAUCAACCGUGCGCUCACCGCUCAGGGCGGCACGUACGUCAAGCAGAUCAUACGCCCCGUACGCGUCACCCAUCUAAUAUGCGGGAACGAGAGCGAGGAGGGGGAGAGCGAGAAGGUGCGGUACGCGGUGAAGUUCAAUCAGGGCGGCGAGGCGCGGAUUAGGAUCGUGUGGGAGGAUUGGUUCUGGGACUCAUUGAGGUUCGGCGGGCGGUUCGACGAGGAGAGGUAUGAGGUGGGGAAGCCGAGGGCACCACCGAGGGUGCUGCCGGACGAUACGACUCCGCCUCCGCCAUCGUCCUCCGCAGGAGACCCUAGCGGACUCUCUUCUGAGAUCCAGCAUGCAGAGACCUCCGCCGCAGGCCGGGCCCGCCCUCCCGUGAACGCGAACGAAGAGGAGGAAGAGAUCGCGUCCGUCAAGCGCGUCCCCGCCGUCACCCUUCACCUCUGGGAGUCUAUCCUCAAGCCGCGCGGGUUCGAAGUCCAGGACGGCCGCCUUAUUCGCAGCCCGUCCAAGUCUCAAGUCGCGAAUCAGCAACAAGCGCAGCGCCAUCGCGAGCCUUCCCCUUCGCGAAUGGCAGCUGUGACGAAGGGGAAGGAGAAGUUGUCUCGCCGUGGGACGUUACAAGCGGGCGCCUACGAAGAUGAGGACGCACGUCCGGUCCCGAAGAGCGCGCUGUCGUCUUUCCAGCACGCGAGGUCGUUCAUCCCGCCACCACAGCAUGCCUCGACACCCGUAGGAGCAAGGCAACAGCCGUUCCAGAGGGCGACGACGACGGCCUCGCGCACGUCUUCGUUCUUGCAGCGCUCAGUGGGCAGCGUCCAUGCCGCGGGCGGGGUGUCCGCCGAAGUGCCCGUCGCGUCGACGUCUGCCGUCGCUGGCCCAAGUACGAGUCGGGAUGGGAGCGAAGCCCCUGCUCUAGGGGACGACCCGAUGGCCAGCGCGGCCUCGGAGGGCUUGUCCGAGAAAGGAAGGACGAUGUUCUCGGGCCUCAAGUUCCGCGCACUCGGGGAGGCGCGCUGCGCCCCCGUCCGACGUGCGAUCGAAGCCGCAGGAGGACGAUGGCUUCGCGCGGACGACGACGAAGAUGCCGACAUCGUCCUCGUCCGGCUCAUCAGCGGGAGCAGCUUGUUUCGGCAGGAGGCGGACGAAGGGGAGAGGGCGAAGUACCGCACGGAAUGCUGGCUCGAGCGGUGCCUGUUCGAGGAGCGGGUGUGCGAGGCGGGGGAGCACGUCGCGUUCACGCCGCUGAGGGUGCAGCCCCCCGUGAGGGGCGCGGAGGGCGUUGUGGUGAGCUGUUCAGGCCUUGACCAGGCGGAGAGGUGUGUGGUUCAGAGGUUGUUGCGUGCGCUCGGUGUCACGCUUGCACCUGCGUUCUCGCGCCGGUCAACACACCUCCUGUGUCCAUCUGGAAUCGGCGCGAAGGCGGAGAAGGCGGGCGAGUGGGGAAUCCCGAUCGUGGACAUGGCUUGGCUCGCUACGAUCGCGAACACCGGCGAGGUCCCUCGGGCUCCAGCGAUGGAGGCAGAGGAGCAAGCGCAAGCGCAUGACGGCGCAGUGCUCGAUCUAAAGCUGCUCUCCCAGCCCCCGCGCGGACCAGACGAGGACGAAUUCAUGGCAUCCCAACCGCCUGCGACAAUACCCGCCCCCAAGAUUGAUGUCAAGGGCAAAGGGAAGGCGACGGAGACGAUGGUAGACAUCACGAACGCGCGUGGGGACGACGCCCAGGCGCAGAGUCUGUCGUAUUAUGACCCCCCGGGACCCGAAGACACGAGACCGGGACAGGCGGAGCAGAUGGAGACAUUUGGAAUGCCGGAUAUGCUGCUUGGCGCAGCAGCUACUGCACCCGCAACGCCUCGACGGUCUGCGCGCGCGGCGCCUGAUUCAAACGACAAGCUCCCUGCUACACAGGCUGUACCGGUCCAGGAUGAGGGCGAGAGUGUGUCGAUACCGUCGCGAGUAUACGAAGACCGGAUCCCGUCGUCCGCGUCGCCGUCGCCCAUGCGCAUGCCUGGGAUGCCGACGCCCCAGGACAGCGCGCCCAAGACCCCGGUCAAGGCCGCUAAGCAGGCGACGGUGGUCAUCCAGAACAGGCUUACGACCCUCCUGGGAAAGCGGCCGUCUGAGGAGGACGAGGAGGUUGUGCAGGUGAAGAAGCGGACAAGGUCGAACAUGUCUUUUACAGAUAUGCUCGGAACUCCUGGCCGGAGCCCCGCCUCCGCCUUCGCAGCAGCGUCGUCACCAGUCCAGCCACCCGAACCCGACCUUGUCCCGCAACUCCCUGAACCAGGUACAUCCGUGAGGAAACACGCUUCGAAACCAGCCUCGUCCUCAAGCGAUGAGGUCGGCGGCAGCUUCGUCGGCGGUGAUGCCAAUGAGAGCAUCUGUAUCGCAUACGCGGACCCGAUGCAAAACGGAGAGCUCGACCGACUCAAGUUCCUCUUCAACGAGGCGGAGGGUACAGGACGGCCGGUGCAGAAGGAAGACUGGGAGAUGGAAUUGGAAAAGGAGAUGGACGUGACGCUGCCUCAGUUGGCUGAGGUGAGGAGCGCGAGUGGGUUGGGGAAGAAGGCGGUCGCCUUGAACGCUGAGGAACCUGGUAAGGGACCAGAAAUCAUUAAGCCAUGGGAUCAGCGGAUAGACGAGGAGACGUAUAUCGAGUCUGAUGCGGACGAUCAGCUGAUCAUCCGUGUCCCUUUCACAGGCGCAGUGAAGCUUCGCGCUUUAUUGCUGAAGACAGGGCCGGGAGAAAAGACGGCCGCGAAAGUCGCCCUCUUCCCCAAUGCAGAGCAUGUCGACUUCUCUGACCUGGAGGAUAGGAAACCUUCUCAAGAGUUUACCAUUCCACAGAGGAGGGAGGUCGGAGAGUAUCACGUUCUGCCGGCGAAGUUCCCCAACCUCACGUCUAUCACUCUGUUCUUCCCUGCUUCGCAAGGUGCGGAUACCACCCGCGUUUACUACGUAGGCUUCCUCGGGCAAUGGAGCGAGCGCAAGUUCGAGCCAGUCGUAACUGUAUACGAGUCAAAACCCAAUCUUGCAGAUCACGACAAGAUUCAAGGCCUGAACGAAAACUGGACAACCCCAGAUUCAGGAUAG